AUGGUGAACGCGUGUGUUUAUUUGGCGAGCGGCCAUCCUUCACAAGAAGCUGUUGACACAACUCUGGGAGAGCGACGGGGUGAGGAGCGCCGCUGCAAUCUGUCACCUGGAAAGCUUCAUGCCACGAGCGCCACGGGGCUCCCGGCGGCACGGCCUGGAGGGCGGAUCGCGGUUGACGGCCGACGGGCGCGAGCGGGCAGCGACGGGCGACACACGUCCCACGCUCUGGACAGCCCGACUCCGGCGGCGGACGGCGCGUGCGUGGCGGGCGGAGGCGGCGCGGAGCGCGAUCGGUUCUACGAGGAGGAAAAAUCUCCUCAACCGCCGCCUAGGGCCACCUCAAUCGCCCCUCCCGCAGCCUCCGCCAGCUCGGCGUGGCAGGUGGCGGGCGGCGCUGGCGCGGGGCGGCGCCAAUCGCCGGCGCGACCUCGAGCGGACGCGACCGGAAGCGGGCGCGCGCGGCGGCUUCCGGGGGCGGGGACGCGGCGCGCCGGAGCCAACCAGCGCCCCAGCCCCGGCCCCGCGGCCGCGAGGCGCCCGCCCGCCGACCCAUCGCGCCCCCCUCCUCCUCCUCCUCCUCCGGGCCACCUCGCGGCCGCUCUCGCUCAGUCGACGCGCGCCAAGGCCGCGGACGCACAGUGCAGCGCCGCCCCAGCCGCCGGCCAAGCAUGGCCCCGCUGCCCGGCGUGGAGGUGGAGCGAGCGACCGUCCGGCUCCACGAGAAGAGCGCCCCCGCGCGCCCGCCCCGCGCCUGCUACAAAUCUCUACUCAGCGUUCCUUUCAGCUGGCAUUAACGUUCUGGUGCCGCCCGUUGCCUUCCUCGAAUACGACUGGCGCGCGAAACACCCCCACGAGAAACAGUCGGGCCGCGUCCACGGCGCGGCGUCUUUCAACGAGACGUCCCCCGCUUUGCAGCCAUUCUUCCGCGUGUUGUUUCCAGCUGGCUGA